UUCAAGAGAACACCGCGACGCAAUAGAAAAUUAUGAGCAAAAUGUCAAAGCAAAAUGGAUUUCAUGUCGUCACCCCACUUCUCGAGAGCGCAGGCAUGUCGAAGCUGAUGGGGACUACCGUGGUUCUAAAGAUGGAGAGCUCACAACCCACCGGUUCCUUCAAAAUCCGUGGAAUAGGACACAUGUGUCAAAAUGUUGCAAGUUCAAACCAGUCGAGAGGUGUCAUUUGUUCUUCUGGUGGUAAUGCUGGUAUGGCCACAGCAUAUGCAGCAAGAAAACUCAACCUGCCAGCCACCAUUGUUUUGCCCUUGUCGACACCCCAACUGGUAGCUCAAAAACUUAAGGACCAGGGAGCUACAGUCAAAGUUGUGGUGGGCAAGGCAUGGGAUGAUGCAAAUGCUGAGGCCCUACGAUUGGCGGAAAUUGAAGGUCUUACUGUAAUACACCCGUUCAACCAUCCUCUGGUCUGGAAAGGUCAUUCCAGCAUUGUGCAUGAACUCAAGGCCUCACUGCCAUCCAAACCUGGAGCUAUAGUGCUUUCCGUAGGGGGUGGUGGUCUGUUUUGUGGGGUGAUGGAAGGGCUGGAUGAGGUAGGCUGGGGCAAUGUGCCUGUCCUAUGCAUGGAGACCGUGGGUGCCGAUUGUCUAAAUUUUGCUCUGAAAGCCAGAGAUCUGGUUAUGCUGCCUGACAUUACAAGUGAAGCAACGUGUUUGGGAGCAAAAAUGGCAUGCCAGCAGGCGUUUGAGUACAGCAAACGUCCCAAUGUCAUUUCAGAGGUGGUGACAGAUCUACAGGCCCUGGAGGCAGUGGAACUGUUCCUGGAUGAGGAGCGUGUGUUGGUGGAGUUAGCCUGCGGAGCAUCAUUGGCUGCUGUAUACAGCGGACUCAUUCCGAGGCUACAGGAGGAGGGACGCCUUCCUAAACUGCUCGACCCGCUGGUUAUGAUUGUGUGUGGGGGUGGCAGUAUGAACCUGCCUCAGCUUCGGCAUCUACAGGCAGUCAUACGGAAAUGACCACCACAUCUUUACAUUCUCACAUCAAUGCAUCUGCUUUGAGUAGCACUGACAUGUUGUGUUGCAUAAAUCAAAAGAUAAGGAUAAUCUGCUGUAUUUCAAACUAAUUCUUUGGAUUUUCUGUAACCUUGCUUUAGUGAAAUGCUAUUUGCGUGAUAAAAUCCUUUGAAG